GGAGCGCCUGCGGCUCUUUGCUUGUUCAUGCCCUGUGCUCGCGCUGGCUUCGCACACGACACUUGACACCUCGCCACCACCAUGGUGUACGCAAAGGCAUCGAUAGCUUACGUGGCCAUUCUACUGGGUCUGGGCGUGUCUCGGCCAGAGGCUUUCGUCCUGUCGACGGCUGGUGCGGCAAGCUUGGCCAAGGAUAGCAGGCGUGCGACAGCAUGGAGCAGCGCUCGAGCAGGAGCAGCAGCGGCAGGCCUAGAGCAUUGUAAGCGCAGGAGGGGGGCUGGCUGCGGUAGAUCUCGACCUUGCAUGUCGUCCAGCGAUGAGCACGACAUUCUUCUGCGGGUGGCGAAGGGCGAGAAAGCGGAACGUGCUCCCGUUUGGCUCAUGCGGCAGGCCGGCCGAUACAUGAGCGCGUUCCGCAAGUACUCCGACAGUUACCCCUUCCGGCACCGCUCGGAGACCCCGGAGAUCGCGAUCGAGCUGUCCCUGCAGCCGUGGCGAACGUUCGGGGUGGACGGGGUCAUCAUGUUCUCGGACAUCCUCACCCCCCUCCCUUCCAUGGGGGUGGACUUCGACGUUGUCAAGGGCACCGGGCCGGUGAUCUCGAAUCCCAUCAGGACCAAGGCCGACGUGGAGGCGGUGAGGGUGAUGGAGGACAUCGACGGGAAGCUCCCGUUCGUGGGGGAGACGCUCAAGGCGCUUCGAUCAGAGACAGAGGGCAAGUCGACCCUUAUCGGAUUCGUUGGGGCUCCGUGGACUCUGGCGGCCUACUCCAUCGAAGGGGGCAGCAGCAAGCACGCACUCCACACGAAGAAGAUGAUGAUGGAGGACCCUGCUUUGUUCCACUCGCUCAUGACUAAGCUCGCAAACAGCAUCGGCGACUACGCCUGUUACCAGGUGGAGAACGGAGCGCAGGUGAUCCAGGUCUUUGAGUCCUGGGCGCAUCAGAUGAUCCCGUCACAGUUCGAGACUUUCGCCAAGCCGUACGCCGACCUGGCCAUGUCUAUUCUCAAGCAGCGACACCCGGAUGUGCCUGUGAUAUACUUCGCCAACGGUGGCAGCAGCUAUCUCGAAAGCCAGCGAGACACCCAGGCGGAUAUGAUCAGCCUUGACCAGUUCGUCAACAUGCGGUCCGCUAGGGAGCGCCUUGGCGCCAGCGUUCCGGUGUCCGGCAACGUCGAUCCCCUCGUGCUCUUGGGCCCAACGAGCGGCAUCAAGGAGGCCGUGAGAUCUUGCGUGAGAGAUGCCGGGUCUAGCGGCCACAUUCUCAACCUCGGGCAUGGGGUGUUGCAGACGACCCCGGAGAGCUCGGUCGCGGCGUUGGUAGACUCGGCAAAGGAGGCCACUUACGCUUCGGUGUUGGAUAGGGAGGAGGCGCCUGCGCCGGUAGCGUGAGCGGCGGGUGUGCUCAUGUAAACCCCAGCCAUAGUCGUUAGACCAUGUAGACGUCGCAUCCCUAGAAAGCUGGGGCGGGGCGGUGUCGAGGCUAUGUUUCACAAGGAUGAACGAGACGCUUUAUCAUUCCUUUUGCGUUUGGCGGGGGGGUCGGGUGGGGGGGUACGUUGUCUGGGAGGCGAAACACAAGCUUGUUUUUGUCAAGAAUGCGGUUGAGCCAAAAAAAAACACAAGCUUGUUUUUGUCAAGAAUGCGGUUGAGCCAAGCUUUUCGACGCCUCUGAGACACACGACGGCAAGCAACAGAGAACUUGCUGGGGAGAUGGUGUAAGGUCUGGAAGCACAAGAUUGAUCAUGGCAGAUGGACGCCGUUGUUUUUGUUCGUGUUAAACGUUGUCGGACGUGUAUGGACCGCGAUGAGUGUGGGGGCAGACUACAUAGAUUACUGAAACAUAAUUUUUCCCCUAACCUAGAGAACAAGGCAGGCUUCCAGAGUGGAGAUGAACGAUCUUACGUCGCAUGUUUGCUGCCGUUGAAACCAUUUACAAACAACGAAAGCAUCAGAUGUGAUUGACUAUUGUUAAGAGUAGCGUAGGCAAAGCCUCCACCAUCGCCCUGAAAUCGAUGUUCAACGCUCGAUGACAUGAUGUAUGACAGAGAGAGAGAAACCAACGGACGGUAUGGGCGACGAAAGAACGGCUCUCCAAGAGCUGUCCGAAAUCAAUCGUUUCGUUGAUACCAGGUCGCAGCAGAGUACUGGUACAUACAAACAAUGGAGCUCGGUGAGCCAACCAUGUCCGAUCUUCCGGUUGUCUGCAGUCCUCCCUUACAUACAGCUGUCUGUCAGGGUACUACAUGGAGCUGGUUGUACUCCCUCCCAGUCUUUCACGUCUCGCAUCCUAUCAAAAGUCUUCAAUUCCAUCUACUAGACUAAUGGCACAGAUCUUUUGAUCUUUAUGCGAAAUUCUCCACUAAGCAUCAUCAUAUGUUUUUUGAACUUCAAGCACACCGUCAAUCAAGCGCCGAGGCAGCCGUGCACUGCAUAUCCAACGCCUCUUUGUGAUGGAUGGGCCAAUCAACGGUGCAGAGAGCAAAAAGAGCCUGCGACGAACAGUGUCGCUCUCGCAGGCAAUCAGUAACGAUCGCUGUCGUUCCACGACCCU